AUGGAGAGAGGCCAGGAGAGCCAGGGGGGGUGGGAAAGCAGGAGCGGAAGGGCGGGAGGAAACACUGGAAGUCGUCCACAAAUAACUGAUGGUGCUGCUGGAGUUGCUGCUGAGAGUGUUUCUGGGGGGUUGCUGAGGAUUCAAAUAAUGACGAGACUCCUAUACUGCCAACAGUCAGUAAAGUUCUUGGGCCUCAGGCGUCAGGCAACGCAGGGAUUGCGAGGAGGAGAGGGAGGUCGAGAGGUGGGAGAGGUGGUGGGACUGCCGAUACUGACACUACCACGACCAGUCGAUCAAUCUCUCAUGCACGAUGGCCCCCAACUAGGCAAGGGAUAA